AUGGAGAAAAACCACUCCUUGGUUCAUGUUUUCUACUUUGAUGGCCUUUCAGAUAUUCCUAAUUUGGAAAAGAUUAUCUUCAUUAUUUUUUUAGCUCUCUAUAUAUUCACUGUUAUGGGUAAUGGGGGGAUGAUAUUUCUGAUAACAAAAAGCUCUAAUCUGCAUACUCCUAUGUACUUCUUCGUAAAGCACCUGUCAUUCAUAGAUAUUUUCUACUCAACGGUUAUCAUUCCAAGAACAAUGUCUGAUUUGCUUUCCAGUGAUAAAGCCAUUUCCUUCAUAGCUUGUGCAGCACAGCUGUACUUCUAUUGCUUUUGUGCAAUGACGGAAUUCUUCUUGUUGGUUAUAAUGGCAUAUGACCGGUAUGCUGCCAUAUGCAAGCCAUUACUUUAUUACGUUAUAAUGAGAGAAAAAAUGUGUAUAACUCUGACUACUGUAUGCUAUACAAUAUGCUUCCUCAGUGCAUUGAUACAUACCAAUAACAUUUUCAACUUAAUUUACUGUAAAUCCAACAGGAUAGCCCAUUUCUUCUGCGAUGUACCACCAAUCUUAAAGCUGUCUUGUUCUGAUACUUCGUCCAGUGAGCUUGUUAUUUUUACUUUUAUGGGAACAAAUGUGCUUGUUUGUGUACCAGUCCUUAUAAUUUCUUAUAGCAAUAUAUUCUAUGCCAUAAUUAGAAUCAACUCCACAGAAGGAAGGAAGAAAGCUUUUGCAACAUGUUCAUCUCACCUACUUUCAACUGGUAUAUUAUUUGGGACAUACCUUUACAUGUACAUGCGUCCAACCUCCAUUUUUUUAAGUGAUCAGGAUAAAGUGGUCUCUGUCUUCUACACAGUGGUAAUACCUAUGCUUAAUCCAAUAAUAUACAGCCUGAGAAAUAAGGAUGUGAAGAAAGCUUUUCUUAAAGUCAGCAAAGUAAAUUAA